AGGAAGCGUUGGUAGCAACACUUCCGGAAUAAGGUCAGCCUAAAACGAUUGUUAGGCCAGACAGAGAUAGUUGGCUAUGUCUGUAGAGUCUAGAGUUUCUUUUUAAAAUUAAACUGAGGUGGUUGCGUACUUGAUUCGCUUUAUAGAUCUAGUUCCUGCAUGAGAUGAACAAAAUGAAAGUGAAGGAAGGGGAAGCAACGUCGGCAUACCACGCCAAACUUGAGAAGUGGACAGCCAAGGAGAUGCAACUGAAUGUGCUACAUGAAGAAAUAAUCAACAAACGGGAGGCGAUGCUGAGAACAUCCAGAAAUUUGUUGACCGCUCAGGAGGAUAUGCCCGUAAACAGUACAGAAGCUGCGAUCCGCAACGACCGACUUUUGAAGGACUUUGCUGAUCAGGACGAGCAGCUGACGGAAGAACUGACGGAGCUGCCCAGUCCACGCUUUGCCAAUCUGCAGAGCAACUACUGGUCCAUGGUGACCAACAUGUUCCCAAUCUGGGAGAAGUCGCUGGAGGAAUCGUCGUCGUCUCGGGACGUGCGCACCGGAGCCCAAAGCAGCAGUAGACUGUCAGCCACAGCGAAGUUGUCUGGUGUGUGAAUGUGUAGACCUCUGAGUUUGGUUGUUUUUUUUUGUCGGAUGUAUGAAAGUGUAGACAUCUGCUGAGGGAUAUUUUGAAAGUGUUAAUUGCAAAAGUUGUAUGGUGUGUGAAUGCUUUGUUGUCGCUUGCCUUGUCAGGUAUGAAUGUUUAGACGGUUGAGUCAUCUUUUGUGUGUAAUUGUGUUAACCCUUCCAGCACCUGCCAGUUUUGUGCUCUCCCUGCCCCAGUCCCAGCCUGUACAGCAGUUCAGAAAAAGAGGCAUGCAUUCUAAAAGGGGAUGCAGUAUCUCUGUAAUGUAGUUUUGAUAAUAACAUAUAACAAUGUUUAAAGGUAAAUGAGCAAAUAUUAUAAAAAUUGAAGUUUAAUUAGGUUCGCUAAUUUCGAAAUGUGCGCGAAUUUGGUACCCCGCGAAACUGAGAAUAUACGCUCUUGGGAUGGAGGGAGGUACAAGCGCUGCUGAAAAUAUACGCGCAUGGGGCUGGAAGGGUUAACAGCUGAGUUUUUAGUCUGAUGUAUAAAUGAGUAGACUCUACAAUUGUGUAGUCAGUCAUAUAGUGUGAUAACAAGACUUAUCGGUGCUGAGAAAUAUUUAAGUUUUGUAUAUAUAUUAUGUAUAUAGUCAAAUGCUCUCUCUGAAGAAAGGCUUAAGUGGCUUCAUCAUAACUUCUGUAACUGGUCUAAUUAUUUGACUUUAUUCUCUCGGUGACUUGGGAAAAUAAACCUUUGCUGCCCGUUAAAAA